AUGGCACAGGAAAAGACACAAGACGUAAAGAUUAUCGUUGCUGGUCUACCACGCACGUCAACAACAAGUCUCAAAAAAGGUCUCGAGAUUCUUGGUAUCAACCCAUGUUUCCAUCUCGGUGAUCCUCCGGCUCCCAUUGCCCGCGUCAAGGAGAGUGCUCGCGUUCUCGCCAUUCAAGAUCGUAACGAGAGGCUCAAAGCACUCAAGAAGCUCUACGAUGGCUUUGAAGCCGUCUUUGAGCCUCCUGCCAGUACACUGGUAGACGACAUGCUGACAAUCUACCCCAACGCAAAGGUUAUUCUCUCUGUACGCAAAAAUCCCCAGGUCUGGCUGGCUUCUUACUACGGAUUGGGCAUCGAUCUGCGCUCCUCCUGGUAUCGCAUCCUCGGGUAUUGGGUUCCCGGGGUAAUCCAUUCGAGCGAUCUCAUCGUUGCCUGGUCCAACUUUUACUCGUCAAAGUUUGGUCUUAAGCAGGUGCCCUGUGAGGAGCUGUACCAUAAGCACAACCAAUGGGUGCACGACAUUGUGCCGCCUGGUCAGCUCCUUGAGUACCAGCCAAGCAUGGGAUGGGAGCCCCUUGCGAAAUUCUUGGAUAAGCCUGUACCUGUGGAUCAGGACUUCCCACGCGUGAACGAAGCUGCCUUUCUACGGAACGUCAAGAGGACUGCCAUGGCAGUGGGAUCGAUGGUGUGGCUCUGUCUAUUUGCCGGCUUAUAUUUCGGCGGCUGCUUUGCUUGGCGCAGGUACUCUUACUUGCUGUAG